GUAAUUUUCAGUUUUUCAGCAACAGCCAAAUCGUGCGGGUCCUCCAUUCACCUGUGUCAAUAGUUCAUUGUUCAAUAUUGAGUUCGCAUGAAAUCUUUAUCGCAAAAGUAACACAACUCAUCAAUUUUCGGUGCAGAAAGAACUUUCGUUGUUACGGUAGAUUGUGAGAUGACGUGUUAACGGAGAUUCAGUUAUUCGCGAUUAAAUAUGUGGCAGAAGCGAGUAGUUUUUAUUUUUUCUCUGAUUAUUGUAACCCAAGUGAAUCAAGUACUGUGUGACGGGAUAACACCUGCAACAGCUACGACUAAAUCAUCAAAUCAGACGGAAUCAUCAGGAGUUCCAGUCGAUCUUAGAAAGAAUGAACCUGAGUCGUCGAAUCAUACGACUCCUGCAGGAGUGACGUCUCCGUCGGAAUCGAAUGGAACAUCGACGGCUUCUUCAAAUUCCACAUCGACAACUUCAACAGCAAGUUCAACCUUGUUUUUGAAUGGAAGUACGACUGUCGGUGUUACACAUCCGGCGCAAGAAUUGAAAACAAGUGAUACAUCUACAGUAUCUCCAACAGCUUCAACCACUGCGAGAUCUUUGAACAAUGUAACAACCAGUCCGACGACACCUAAUCCCAAUCCAAAGCAGACGGACCACCCAACCAUUAAUAAUUCAAAUGGUACAUCAAUUACUAAUUCUACUUCACCUUUAAAGGACGACGCAUCAUUAUUACAUGAUGCAUCUUCAACUACCCACAUGCCAGGAAACGGAACAACAUCUUUAAAUCACGAAACUUCCACUCAAAUUCCGAAGAUCAAAACGAAUUCGAACAGAACGAACAUUCAAAUCCAGGAAAAUCGGUCAAAUGCGAAUGGAACAUCAACAGCGAAUUCCAUAGCCUCGACAGGAAAGGGACCAUCAAACGUAUCAUUUGAUAGAUCUUCUACCCCAAUGUUACCAAGUUCUGGUGAAAGUGCGUCAUUCAAUCAGUCGGCGGUUACCCCGAGUCCUGAUCUAGCCCAUCCUGCGAAGAAUUCAACUGGAAAAUCUGGGCAUUUGACGCCGGUUUUACAUAAUUCAAGUAUUAAAUCUGAAAAGAAUAGCAGUACAUCUGCGAUUCCAUCGAAUGCAACAGCAAGAAAUGCGACUACCAGCAUUCAUGUAACAAGUAAUUCAUCAACGACAGUACAACCUAAUAAUGGAUCCAGUAUUGCUCCUUCGAAGAAGACAGACAACUCGACUUUAUUAAAUGCUAAUUCUACAACGCCUCUACGACAUGACCCGAAGAACAAAACAAAUCCGAACGAGACAGCUAUUCAAAUCUCGAAAAAUGGGACGAGUUUGAACGUAACGGCAGCAGUGGCUACUGCUGUAUCCUCGACAAUGAAUGAAUCAUCGACUUCAUCAUCUAAUGGAACUUCUACUACAACAGCAAUAACUUCUAGCUUCAACUCAUCGACAUCGGGAGCAGGACCCACGUCAUCUACUGAAAGGCCUGAUCUAACGCAUCCUCAGAAGAAUUCCACUAGAACUCCUAAGAACUUGACGAAUCUUUCUCAUAACUCAACUGCCGAAUCUCAAAAGAACAGCAGUGCACCUUCCAUUCCACCACAUGCGACAUCAACCGCUAGUCGGAGUGUCAUAGCUUCUCAUGGCAAUGCUACAUCGGAGAGUUUGACCACAACCCCAGGUGAGUCCAUAAAAAUAGUCAAGUCAUCAUCCAAUCAGACAGUAAGAACGGAGGAGUACUCACAAUCCGGAAAAUCUGUGAUUUCUCAAGUUGAAAUUACAGAAAUAAAGAAAUCUUUUUUUUCGUCUCGGGCAGAUCCUCCGCCGUCGUUGGUGAUGGCACGUGACACGAUGAAGGGGCAUACGAUAAAGAAAGAUGUCACUGAUGGUUCUUCUGGGAAAGUGAAUAGUACGAGUGAUGGGCGUAACGGCACAGCAUCAACCAAUUCGACGAUUAAUCACAACUCGACGGCAACCGAUGCGAAGACGACAGUGUCUGUGAAUUCGACGGGGAUUACUCACUCUAAUUCUACAUCGCAUGCAAAUUCUACAGCAUCAACUUCGCUUAAUAAUUCUACGCUGCCAGCAAAUUCUACAGCAACAACUCCUAUUUAUAAUUCUACACUGCAUGCAAAUUCUACAGCAACAACUCUUAUUCAUGACUCUACAGCUACAACUGCAGCUCCGAAUUCUACAUCCGUAACUUCUGUCCACAAUUCUACACUGCCUAGUAAUUCUUCAGCAACAACUUCAAUAUCGAACUCUACAUUACCUAUGAACUUUACAACCGCAACUCCGGUCCAUAAUUCAACACUGCAGAAUAAUUCUACAGCAGCCACCCCUGCUCAGAAUUCUACACUGCCUGCAAAUUCUACAGCAACAACUUCCGCUCAUAAUUCAACAAUACAUACCAACUCUACAGCUACAACUCCCGGAUAUAAUUCAACAUUAGGCAGUCCUCCAACAACACAAUCAACCAAACAACCGACAACAGCGCCACCAGCAUUAAAUGCGACUACCACAAAAACUAUCUUCAAUUUUAUGAUCAAGGAUAAUGACUCCGACAUUCCGUGUUUACUGUCGAAUAUGUCGAUCGACUUGAAAGUCUUCUACAAAAAGUCUGAUAAAACGGUUUCUGAGAGCAUUCUGCAUGUGCCAACGACUGCUGAAUCGAACGGCACAUGCACCGAAAACGAUGCGCAACUGAUGCUCGUUUGGAAAGAAAAAAAUUCGAAAGCGAAACGGGCAGUAGCUUCUCGCAAUACCACUCUUCAUGAUGAUGAACAUAAUAUCCUCGUAUUCAAUUUCAUUAAGGAUGGGACGACUGCCAAACUUGACAAGGUUCAGGCAUCAAUCUACCUCGAUAAACACCAUUUCCCGAAUUCCACAGAGAACAUCUUGAAAGGAGAAUCAGCAUCUGGCUUAGAAUUAUUCAAAGGAAAAAUCGAUGCCAAUACUUACGUGUGUAACAUACCGACUGAUGUAAAAGCCGGGGACAUCGCCAUCACGAUCAAGAAUAUUUCUUUGAUAGCAUUCAAAUCCAAGAACGAACCUGUCUCUAAAAAAGUUGAGGGCUGCCAAACAAGAGCUGGAAUAAAUAUCGGGGUUGUCGUUGGAGGAUUCAUAGGAAUGGCGUUAAUAAUUUGCUUCGUGAUGUACCUCAUCGCAAGACGAAAAAAAAACGCUUACCGCUCAUCACAAAUCCCGUGAAUACCUCCAAUAACAGUGUAAUUCCAGUAACGGAGUUGUGAUCUAAUAUUGGAUAUCUAUCUUUAAUAUAUCGAAAUUUUCCAGUAGUUGACUUGUCCAGAAAAUAUUGGCUAGUGAUUUUCUAUGGCUUUGAAAAUUUGACAUUUUCAUAAAGCGAUUUUAAUAUUUAGAUUACCAUUAUUUAAAACUAAUGUAGAAGAAUUGACAAUAAAUAAUUAUA